AUCCAUACCCCAUGUGACUUUCGCAUAAAUCAAUCAAUUUUAUUUCAUUUUUCUAAUACCACAUAUAUAAUUCUCUUACUCAAACAACAUUAUUCUACUUCCUUAAAUUCAGUACUUCCUAAAAUCGUAAAAACACUCGGAAUAUUUAUUUAUACGGAAAGGAAAAGCGCGGCUACUGCUGACGAAAUAGCAUCUAGAUCUUGCACCACUCCGAAGCUUCUCCUUUACAGCCACUCUCUCUCUCUCUCAAGUUAGGAACAUGAAUAAGGUGGGAGGAAAGAACAUAAGAGAGCUAAGAACACGAUGAGACCUAAUUAUAUCAUUACCAUUUUCUUGAUCCUAUCAUUUAUUGCAGACUCCAAAUUCAUAGGUGAAGAGAAAAACAACAGGAGGAUUCUUCACCAACCACUCUUUCCAUACACUUCAUCUCCGCCUCCUCCCGAAUCACUGCCGCCGCCUCCGGUUGUGCCUUCAACUCCAGACCAAAACCAGCCAUUCUUCCACGAGCUUCCAAAUGGACCCCCGGUGGAUCAGGGGCAGCAAACGCCACCAUCGCCGCCCGGCAGCAGCAGCAGCACCGCCGUGGCAACUCCGGCUGCCCCCCGUCCCACCAAUUCAAUCAAGAAACUCGGCAUCGCAGUCUCAUCUGCGAUGCUGUCGCUGGCAGUGGUGUCGGCAGUGGCAUUCCUUCUGUACAAGCGCCGCAUCAAGCAUCGCGACGACUCGCAGAAGCUCGUAGCUGGGAAUUCACAAAGGAUGAAUGAGGAAGCAAGAAUGCCGCCCUCCAAUUUCCUCUACAUUGGCACGGUGGAGCCGUCCGCCACCAGUAUAGCGAGCGAGGCAAACGACGCCUCCGCCUCGCCCUACCGGAAACUCAACUCGGGCAAACGAUCUAGUCGUUAUCGCCCAAGUCCGGACCUGCAGCCACUGCCGCCGUUGACGAAGCCGCCGCUGCCACCCCCUCCGAGCAUCAAUUCGCCACCACCGAUGUCGUCCUCCGACGACGAGAGCCACGACACCAACUUCUACACUCCACAAGGGUCAUCCAUGAGCAACGAGUCGCCUAGCUCACGCCACAGCUACUUGGCUAACAGCAUUCGAGUUCCUCACUCCAAGAGAACUUCACCUAAAUCUCGCCUAUCAGCAUCAUCUCCGGAUACAAAGCCGGUCAUAAUCCCCUCGAUUAAGCAGUCACUGCCCCCGACUCCUCCACCACCGCCGCCAAAUUCCUCAUUGCAGCCCUACAAAUCACUAUCAUAUACUCCCAAAAGGACCAAAUUCCUACAACCCCCACCACCACCAGAUAUGGCACGGCUCCAAUCAAUUAGCGACGAUGAUCAACAGACAACUGGGAUCCAAGCUCCACCCCCACCACCGCCGCCUCCUCCUCUGAUGUCAUCAAUCCCAAGAAAAUUUGGAGAUGUACAGCAAUAUACAUCUCCACCAUUUUCCAAUAAAGUGAUAAAGCCACAGUCAAAGAGUCCUACUAGCCCCAGAUCAAACCAGAGUCCUACUAAAGGUGUCAGUUCAACAGUGAAAGUGGAUGUAGAGGACAAGAAUGGAUCCAAACCAAAACUCAAGCCUCUGCAUUGGGAUAAAGUACGAGCUACCUCGGACAGAGUCACAGUUUGGGACCAGUUGAACUCCAGCUCCUUCCAGUUGAAUGAGGAUGCCAUGGAGUCGCUUUUCGGAUUCAAUUCUGCGAAUUCAGUUCCAAAAGACACAACUACAAAGUCAGCUCUACCAGGCACGGAGCAGGAGAUCAGAGUGUUGGAUCCAAAGAAAUCCCAGAACAUCGCUAUCCUAUUACGCGCAUUGAAUGUCACUAAAGAAGAGGUUGCUGAAGCACUUCUAGAUGGAAAUCCAGAGGGAUUGGGUCCUGAGCUCUUGGAGACUUUGGUGAAGAUGGCACCAACCAAGGAGGAAGAGAUAAAACUUAAAGACUACAAGGGUGAAAGCUCGAAAUUGGGUUCAGCAGAGCGAUUCCUCAAGGCAAUUCUUGAUAUUCCAUUCGCCUUCAGAAGAGUGGAGGCCAUGCUUUAUAGAGCCAACUUCCACACAGAAGUAGCGUACUUGAGAAAGUCUUUUCAAACACUAGAGGAAGCAAGUGAAGAAUUGAAGAAUAGCCGCAUGUUCCUAAAGCUGCUUGAAGCUGUUCUACGGACAGGGAACCGCAUGAACGAUGGCACAAACCGUGGUGAUGCGAGAGCCUUCAAAUUGGACACAUUGCUAAAACUAGUAGACGUAAAAGGAACAGAUGGUAGGACAACCUUACUUCACUUUGUUGUCCAAGAGAUAGUCAGGUCAGAAGGCACAAAUUCAUAUCCAGUGAGUGAAACUAAAAUGAAUGUCAAGUCUAAGGAAGAGGAGUUCAAGAAGCAAGGAUUGCAAAUCGUGUCCGGGCUAAGUCAAGAGAUCGGCAGUGUCAAAAAAGCAGCAGGAAUGGACUCUGACGUACUGAGCAGCUACGUCUCUAAGCUUGAAAUGGGACUCCAAAAGGUCAGAUUGGUGAUGCAAUACGAGAGGCAAAGCACUCAAGGAAAUUUCUUCAAUUCCAUGAAAGAGUUUCUUAAAGAGGCUACUGAGGAAAUCACAAGAAUCAAGGCUGAAGAAAGGAAGGCCUUGUCGCUGGUGAAAGAGGUAACAGAGUAUUUUCAUGGAAAUGCUGCGAAAGAGGAGGCUCAUCCUUUCAGGAUAUUCAUGAUUGUGCGAGAUUUUCUCUCUAUACUGGAUAACGUGUGCAAGGAUGUCGGGAGGAUGCAUGAUAGAGCAACAGUGGGAGCAGGGAGAUCAUUCAGGAUCCCGGCAACUGCAUCGUUACCAGUGCUCAAUAGAUACCACAUGCGUCCAGACACAAGUCCGGGGGAAGACAGCAUGUAACUUAGCAUCUGUGAAUUGAGCCAUGGAAUAAAGAAGUGCCACACUUGAUCACAGGAUGCUUAUGAAAUAGCAAAAUGACAAAGUAAAACAGAGUGUCGGAACAAGCAUCAUCAUGUACAGCAAGCUCCCACAUGCCACACUCCAACUAGCUUGGUAGACCAUGAAAAUGCAAAGGCUACAGGCGGAAAGAACUCAAACAAGCAGCUGGGGAUGUGGAAUUUUUGAACGAUAUCUAGCAAGUACGCCAAAACGAUAGUAAACAGUGACAGCUUUAUGAAUUAGUUUACUUUUUCUUCUAAACAAUAGGGCUUCAGAUGAAGAGUCUUCUUUCACUUAUAUACACAUAUAUUGAUCUGGAAAACAGAUGCAUGGCAGGCAUAACAGGAGGCGACCAGUCAGCUUAUUCUCAAUAAAAAGUUCAUUCUUUCUUCGUAUAAA